AACAGAGAAAGCGUUCCAGUAAACCGCUAUAACAGCCUGCGGACUGCAUGCCACUCAGAGCCACAGUAAACUACCCUGCGCGGUUCUUGUUUCCGCUACAUUGUUCAGAGGAGGGAUGAGCUUUGAUGCUCACGUCACAUCACUGCUUCUACCCGUGCGCGUGCUCUGCGGGCUCCACCACGUAUUCCUCGUUUUCCCACGCAGGGCUUGCCACCCAAAAGCAACGUGAACUUGGUUUCAACAUCAGUGUACAGUACAAGAGGCUCGCUCCACGGAUUAAAGCUCAUCUGUCUGGGAGCGCUGCUGGUGAGUAGACUGGACUAAAAGCACAGCUUUGGAGCUAACGCGGAGCUGCAGCGUGUGUGAAGGAGUUCUGAGUGGGCUUGGGAGAAGCCCAGAAUACAUCACAUCUGUAACACUGAGGAUUUAAUCAUUGGCAAUGAAAGAGGGAAAAGGAUAACCUCAUGCACUGCACAGACAUGAGAGGACCAAGGAGCACCUGAAGAUGUCCCAGAAGGCAACUAAAACAUGGUGCCUUAGGCUUCUCCCAGUUCUCCUCUUCUUCAUCUCCUUUAUCACGUACUACUGCUCCUACGUCAUACUUCAGAGUUAUGGAGGCACCAGCAAGUCUCUGAACAGUAGCAAGUCGCUGUGUGGCGGCUGGCUUACACAGAAGAAGUGGGAGAGCCUUAACUUUAACAUUAGCAGGCAGACAAAUCUCUUUCUGAAACUGGAGGAUUUCUUCUGGCGGGAACAUCUGUCUAAGCUGGCAUUGCCUUAUGGCAUUAAGGGCAGUGAGCUGCUGCUGCUCAAAGUUCUUGCUGUUACAGCAAAUUAUCAGCUGCCAACCAACAUAGAAAAACUUGAAUGCAGAACCUGUGUAGUCAUAGGAAAUGGCUAUGCCAUUAAAAACAGCUCCUUGGGAAGCAUCAUCAACAAAUAUGACGUGGUCAUUCGGUUGAACGAUGCUCCAGUCAGAGGCUAUGAAGAGGACGUGGGGAAUAAGACCACCAUGAGGUUCUUCUACCCCGAGUCAGCGUCUUACAACCCUGGACUGCACAACGAACCCAGCACGCUGAUGGUCCUGGUGCCUUUUAAGCAGCAAGAUCUACGAUGGCUUAAAGAGAUUCUUUAUAAUGAGAAGAGGGUCAGGAAAGGCUUUUGGAAGCCUCCUCCCCAGAUCUGGUUGGCUGACGUCAGUAAAAUCAGAGUGCUGGACCCCCACUUUCUGCACCAGACGGCAGACAGGCUGCUCCAGAUCCCUCUCUAUCCUAAGACAAGACAGCCAGUGCACCCCACCACGGGUAUCCUUGCUGUUUUCGUUGCUCUUAACUACUGUGAUGUGGUCCACAUUGCUGGUUUUGGAUACCCAAACUCCAAGAGCCAAAGACAACCGAUCCACUACUAUGGAUACGACACCAUGAAGUCUAUGAAGAAUUCCUACCACGACCUCAAUCACGAAGCAGAAGCCUUAAAAAGACUGGAGGAUUCAGGAGCCAUUUUGUACCUGCACCCUCAUUCAUGAUAUCCACCUGUGUUCAAUCACUUGAACAUGAAAAUGAUUGAACACACCGUCAUGUCUGAAUCCUGGUUUGGCCCACAUCAAUCAGGAUCCAAUCUUUCUGUGCCUUCUGCGCUGGGAUGAAAGACAUUUUGUUGAGUCAUCAUUUUGUAACAUGAGUGUCACAGGUCUAUCUCCAAUGAAUGUUUUCACCGGCACCUUAUAUUUCUGAUGAUUUGUCGAGUAGAGUAACCUUAGCACUUUGCAUAAUGUUCGAACGACUUUCUAAGUUACAUAAUCAUAACUUUUCAUGGCAAAACCACACGUCUACUGUGACAGUUUCUCAGAAAACAAGUCAGAUUAUGUUGGAGGUGGAUAAUUUCAAUGUUUGAUGUUUGUUUCAUGGCAAUGCAACAAAGGUUGUACAUACCAUCUAAAGCCGAAGUCAGACUACACAUUUUAAGAACCACUAUGGCCCAAUCUGGGUAUUGUGGGAUUUUAGGUAGCCCGACAGGCCAAAUAAACUGUUUAUAUCUCCUUUGCAUGGGACAUAUAUCACAUUCCAUACAAAGUUUCUGGAAAGGGCAAGACUUAAUCUGAAAUUCUGUCACAUUCAUUACGGGCCAAUCAGAGUGACAAGACAAAAUGAGGUAGUAGGCAUGUGCAGCUCUGGCAAGUUACUUGAGCUUGACAGGCAGGUGCUGUUGUAGUUUACAGAGGGUGGAGAUUGUUGGUGGAUAAAACUCAUGCCAGUCGGGAGAAGUGCAAAAACAUCACCUCAGCCAAGAAAGGCUUUCAGCAGUUCUUUGCUUCUCUUUCAAUAAAGAAAUGCUGACCAGGCCUGAUAAAAAAAACAAAACAAAAAAAAACAAACAAACAAACAAACAAAAAAAAAAAACUGUUGCUUAAGUCAGUGGUUCCCAGCUAGUUUGGUGUCAGGACCCACCGCCUCCUUGAGAGACAUUGUGACCCAAAUUUUUAGACAUUUUCAACCUUCCAUCUUGUACUCUUCUUAUCCUGUUAGGGAUCUCAGGGGUUGGAGCCUAUCCUAGCUGUCAUCAGGCAAGGGACGGGGCACACCCUGGACUGGUUGCUAGUCAAUCAAAGGGCUGACAUAUAGAGACAAACAACCAGGCACAUCCACACCUAUGGCCAAUUUAGAGUCCCCAGUAACCUACGAGCAUGUCUUUGAUGUUGGGAGGGCACCGGAGAACCCACGCAUGCACGGGGAAGCCGCACAGAAAGCUUCUGACCAAGAAGUGGACCAGGAACCUUCUUGCUGCGAGGCAGUGGCAUUAGCGCCGGCACUGAGCCAACCACUCAAAUGUAUUUUAUAAGGUAUGCUGUACUUUGGACCCUAAAUAGAACAAAACAUAACUGAACAUAGAGAAAGACAAAACAUGUUAAAAGCGACCCAUUACAGAAGGAUAUGCAUGCAUAAAACUAGUUUUAUUCCAUUUCCCACAAGACAUUUGGUAGAAAUUUGGUAGUUUCUUUAGGAAUUUCCUCUUGUCUAGGGAAGCUCAGCUUUGUUAUCUAAAGAAAAGGAGAUACAAAAGGAGAAAUCUUAAAACAAUCACUGAAAUUCACCCAUCAUCAGAGGAACAUUCAAAGAAUAGAUUAAUUAGUUUAAUGUAUGUCCACUUUGAGCUACCGUGUACAGACUUUUAUGCCCAUUGUCUCCUUUUUGCAAGCAUUCCUGACCCACUGUAAAGUGCUUAAGGCUACCAAGUUGCCCACUAAAAAAAUUCAUGCAGGUCUUCCCUGACAAAAAGCAUUAAACUUUUGAAUUAGCUCAGCACACCUGUUAAAAUUUUAUUAUGAUGAAUAUUACUAACUGGUAUACUGAUAGAACAGCCACAUAACACUUGGGAGUUUAAGGCACGGAAAUGUCUUUGCUCUAACCGUCUGGAAUUUCAUAAACUGUUAAUUCAAUCAGAAACUUCAGCCCUGAUCCAGUGCACAGGGAAAUAUCUCAAGCUUUUUAUUUUUUACUGUUUGCGGUGCAAUGUGUUGGUAAUUUUUAUCAGCUCAUGUUUUAAAAAGGUCUUAAAAAGUCUUAGAUUUGAUUUUUAAAAUCGUGUAUAAACCUGACUGUCAGCGUAUUAUUUGAUACUUUCUCUCCGGGUUGCAAAAGAGAGAUUGAAUUGUCAUUUUAUAGGCUCAGUCCUGAUUUACAAUUUUUACUCCUACCCCUAAUUUUUGAAGAAUAGAGUUAAGAGGGGUGGUGGGUAAACUUCUAGACCAUGAUUUGUCAUCAGUAAUCGUAGACAGUAUAUCAACAGAUCAGACAUUACCAGAUGACAAACUUUUUUUUUUUUUUUUCACUUGUUUGUUCAAAAUGAAAC